AUGGCGAUUGAAGUAGGGGGAGGGGGGUUGCGGGCUCGUUGGUUGGCGAUGAACCGGUUCGUGUGCGAGCUGUGCAACAAGGGGUUCCAGCGGGAGCAGAACCUGCAGCUGCACCGGUGCGGGCACAACCUGCCAUGGAAGCUGAAGCAGAAGGACCAGCUGCAGGCGCAGCGCCGCCGGGUGUACCUAUGCCCGGAGCCGACGUGCGUGCACCACGAUCCGUCCAGAGCGCUGGUCGAACUCACCGGGAUCAAGAAGCACUACUGCCGCAAGCACGGCGAGAAGAAGUGGAAGUGCGACAAGUGCGACAAGCGCUACGCGCUGCAAUCAGACUGGAAGGCCCACUCCAAGGUCUGCGGCACCCGCGAGUACCGCUGCGACUGCGGCACUCUCUUCUCCCGGAGGGACAGCUUCAUCACCCACCGCGCCUUCUGCGACACGCUCGCCCAGGAGAGCGCCAGGGGUGGUGUUAUUAGCCUCCAAGAGCUUGCUCUGCGUAGCUGCCCUGACAAGGCCUCGAGGCUUACCCUCGCCUCCGACCAGGGGCGGACCCAGGGCCCGGCGACCCUGGGCACCUGUCCAGGCUCUGGUGCAACAGUCACAAGGGUUAGCAGUCAAAAUCUACCGUUUAUCUGUUCUUUCAGAGAUGAGAAGAGCAGCAGUUGCCUUGUGAUUUGCCCGGACUCCAUUCAAGUCCCAGGUCCGCCACUGCCUCCGAAGCUGCUGACCAGCAACAGUUCAUGUAUCUUCAGAAGGCCGCGCAGAUGAACGCCACCUCAUCAAGCUCCUCAUUCAUCAACAAGCAAGAGAUCAUAGAAGUAGUUGAAGAAGAUAAGCAUAAGGAGACGAUAAGCAGAGUAGAUAAUAAUCAUGGAGCGAUCGUCAGUAGGGCAAGUGAAAAGCAUGAUAUCAUGGAGCUCAUUAUGUCACAUGGCCCCAGCAACAAGCGUUUCACCAUCAUCUGCAUCGUAGGUGCUCAAGGUCUCGGCAAGACGACUCUCGCUUCUCUUGUUUAUUGGGAUAACACUAUGUGCACAUCCUUUGAAGCCAGAUCAUGGAUGUGCUUAUCUGAUGUGUGCGAUUAUGAGGGAUUACUCAGAUCUGUCGUGGAAUCACUUACUGGUGUCUCAUGCAGGCUCAGCGAGAGAGAUGAGCUCGAGGAAUUAGUGAGAGAAGAACUUAUUGGGAAGAAAUUCUUGCUUGUCUUGGAUGAUUUGCAUGAGAGUAAUGCAGAGAUCUGCACACAUCUAACAACGCUGUUGAGAGGUUUCCAAGGCUCUUUUUACUCGAAGCAUAACUUGAGCAAAGAUGAAUUUGAAAUGCUGGAGACAAGCUGAUAAUGAUGGGGCAAUGCCUUUAAAGAUGUAGUCAUUCCUGACCAUCCAGAUGCAGAUGCACCAGGACAUAAU